GUGCUGGGUGUGUUUGACGCCAGUAGCAGAAACUUCCUGGUUGUCGCGUUUCACCUGCCGAAACCGAAGCAAUAAUUUACACAAAAACACAAUCGCCUGCUCAUACAUAUACAACAAACUGACUUUUCAUCGCUACCUCACAUCACCUGUGUGAAAGCGGAGAGAAAAUUCAUCAUUUGAAGCAGAGAAAUCAGUCACGCGCUGCUGGAGGACACAAAGAACACAGUGAGUCGAUCUUCACGUUGGUCUGUCUGUCUGUCUGUAGGAGGAUGAGCGUGUUUGCCGGUGGGAAGGAUGAAGAGUUCCCCAGCUAGUCGCAGUCGGGACAUCGAGCGUCAGGCAGGAUAUCUGCGGCUGGAGCACUGCGCGCCGCCCCCUCCGCGGACACACUCGGCCGACGACAUGUGGUUCAUCCGGGACGGCUGCGGCAUCGUGUGCGGCGUGAUCACGUGGCUGCUGGUCUUCUACGCCGAGUAUGUGGUCGUCUUCGUAAUGCUGCUGCCAUCGAAGAAUGUGGUGUACAGCCUAAUUAACGGUGCCUUGUUUAACGGACUGGCCUUCCUCGCCCUGGCGUCACACUUCAAAGCCAUGUGCACCGACCCGGGAGCCGUUCCAAAGGGAAACGCCACUAAAGAGUUUAUCGAGAGUCUGCAGCUCAAGCCUGGACAGGUGGUGUAUAAAUGUCCCAAAUGCUGCAGCAUCAAACCUGAUAGAGCACAUCACUGCAGUGUGUGUAAGCGCUGUAUCAAGAAGAUGGACCACCAUUGUCCCUGGGUCAACAACUGUGUGGGAGAGAGCAACCAAAAAUACUUUGUGCUUUUCACUAUGUACAUUGCUUUGAUUUCUCUUCAUGCUCUCAUCAUGGUCGCUGUCAAUUUUAUCUUCUGUUUUGAAGAAGACUGGGCAAAGUGCAGUUCCUUCUCUCCUCCGACGACCGUCAUCCUCCUCAUCCUCCUGUGCUUUGAGAGCCUGCUCUUCCUCAUUUUCACUGCUGUGAUGUUCGGGACGCAGAUUCACUCCAUCUGUAACGAUGAGACUGGAAUCGAGCAGCUGAAGAAAGAAGAGAGACGAUGGGCCAAAAGGUCCAAGUGGAUGAACAUGAGGGUGGUGUUCGGUCACCCGUUCUCUCUGGCCUGGCUGAGUCCGUUUGCCCCGCCGGAUCACGGGAAGGCCAAUCUCUACCAGUACGUGGUCUGAGACGUCACCUGCUCUGUCUCUACACAAACAUCUCCCUUUGCUUUUAACUCUGUCUGCACAGAACACCACGGCACGCUGCUCUAGUGGCCUCUUUACGCUCAUCGAGACACUGACAGCCUCGGAGAGUGACACUGAUGUCCUGAGCACCGCUGGCCCAGCUGCACUGUUAUAAUGAAUCCCGCACUGUGAACUCUGUCCUUUACCAAUGAUGUUUGUGAUGAAUUGGAUCUAGUCGCCUGGUGAGAUUCUAGAGGCCUUGACCAUGGCACUUAAGACGAUCACCAGCCGUGGCAAAUAACUGAAGUGUUUCUUUUUCAUGUUACUUUUUUCUCUUGAUUCACAGAUGCCUUUACCAUUCGCUGGUUAAUUAGGGAAUGCCUUUUUUUUUUUUGCGCUCAUGUUGUUCUUCAUUCUCUGCUCAAGCCUUAGCACAGAAACGCUGCUGUAGUGUGAGGAAUCUUUCGUUGCCAAAUUUUAUUCCAUUAUGAAAAGUAAAAUCGCACAAAAUCAUCUUUUUUUUCCCUUUCUUGAUUAAAACAAAUUAAUUUGCAUAACACUAAUGGCUGAAUAUCAUGAAAACAUAUCUGGGCCAUAUUCCAUACCAAAAUCCUUUUUAUUUUAUUUUUUGCAUUGUGACAUUA